AUGAACUCCCCGUUCUCGAAAUUGCUCCCGAAGCCUGAGACUCACGAGCCUGCUCCACCAGCCUCUGCCGAGAAACAGCUAGCUAUGGAGAAGCAGUUCUUGAAACAUCAUGGCGCCCGACCCCGUUACCUAACGUUGGGCGACCGCGUAAUAGUCCUUACUCGCAAGGACAAAAGAGAACAAGGCGUUAUUCAUAAAGUACUAUCACAAACUCGCUACUCUGUACGCCUUGAAGACGGAAGAGUCAUCGACCGCCACAUCAAUCAUAUCUGGAAGGGAGGUUCCGACCCGUCAACCCGGCCCGAGAGUCUUAUGGACGACUGGUCGCUCCUACAGCCGCCCACGCCGGAAACGCCUCCUACUUUGGAAGCUGAUCACCAGCCGGCUGCAUCCCCUGCAGCCCAGACCCCAGUCAUUCAGGAACCUAACCCUCCUGUAAACCUGUCGACGCCGGCUAGACCCGCUUGUAAUCGGAUGGCUCCGAAAAGACUAAUCUUGGAUCCAUCCGCUAAAAGUUACUCUCAGCGGUAA